AUGUCCCUAAUGUCUGUCUACUUGGGUCGAAAUGGAAUGAGUAUAUCGGUGAGAGAAUUCUAUUAUAGAUAUUUAUCACAAUCGAACGUCUCUCAUCGUCUUAUUUCAUUAUAUGUAUCAGAUACAUUAGCUAUUAAUAAUGGUUUAUGGUUAGCUGAACAUUUAUCUAUAUUCAUCAAUCUUCGUUAUUUAUUUUUAAUUGACAUUAAACGUUCUUCUUUUGAAUUAAUGCUCAAUACAUCCUCAAUAAAAACAUCUCUUGUUAUAUUGAGCGUACACUAUUCAGCUUACUAUCGUGCUGCUUAUACAUUUGAAGGUGUGCCUGAAGGUACAUAUUAUGAACGAAUAUUUCAUUUAUUUCCUUUAAUACGGAUAUGUCGUCUUGGUUUCUAUCGGUACAUAUGGAACGUUCUAGAUAAUAAAAUAGUUCUACCAUUUAGCAAAGCUUUCAUAUCAAUUGAAACAAUUCUUUUCAAUUUACAAUCAAUUGCAUUUGAACAUUGUUCCCUAAACUUUCUGUUACAUAUACUUGAACAUCAUCCACAAUUACAAGAGCUCAGCUUUGGUCCAAGUACUCCUUGGUUACCCGAUAGACAUACACUAAUGAAUGUUCAUAAAAAGUAA